AUGCCGUUGGGGAUGCCUCUGGGUGUGAGUGAGAUGGAUGAGGACCGGGGCGGUGGUGAUAUGGUGAUGAAGGAUAAGUAUGGUUGGAGUAUAAUUGAAAACGCUGAAGUUUGCCUUCUCGGCGACUCGUCGAAUGAUGCUAAGAAGGGUAUAGUAUGCGUUAAUACGAGGGCCGAGAACUCUAUUGAGGUGAUUGUUGGGGACUUGUGUGUAGCACCAGCAAAGGGUGAACGACGACGACGACGACCUACUGUGCUUAUCAAAGUACCUUUAGUGACGGGUCUGGAUGAACUGCAGCGGCUUGAGACUUGGGCUCGUCUGUCUGUAGGGAAGGAGAGGCUUAUAGUGGAACUACAGAAAGAUGGAAUGGAGACCUCUGCCACCACCACCACCACGAUGAAGGAGGAAGGCAAUGGCAGUCCUCCUCCUCGAGAGGAGACCUCUACCACCACCACCAUCACCAAGAAGGAGGAAGGCAACAGGCGUGAUGGUGAUGAUGGUGAUGCCCAUGGGAAGUCCGCUACAGCAAAGUCCUGUAGCUCCCAUGAGGAUGAUGGAGUAGCAUGUGAAUCAUCUAAUGAGGAUAUGACCACCUCCGAUGAGGACUGGCCGAGCCCCGACGAUAUUGCAGCGGGGAUAUUGGACAACAGCGACUGGGCUGCACAGUGUAUCCAAUCUGGCGCUGGACGACUUGAAGAGUUCAUGAGAGGAUUCACGGAUUAUACGUUCCCUGAAGACUCAGCAGUAGUGGAGGAGCCGGGCUCGAGUGAUGAUAACGAAGACGCGAAAGCUGUUAUUGAGGGGUUGAAGACAGCUACAGGAGCGAUAGCAUCAGCGGCUAACUCGGCAGUGGGAACAUUACAGGGCUUGCGAGAGGAGAUGAAGGAUGAUGAUAACUUCACUGCUGCUGAUAAAGUCGGUAGUGCUGCUGUGACUGGACUAGCUAAGGUCCUCUCUGGGUUAUCAUCGGCUAAGUCGGACCUAGAGGGUGUUGCUGCUGACGAGGUCUCUAAAGCGGCAGCUAGACGGUAUGGCAAGGAUGCAGAUCCGUGGCCAUUCGUCCCACUACUACCAAGAAUAGAUUUUUCCACAAUGCAAGUCGAAGUGCAGGAAAGGAUAUUGAUGUUGGAAAUUUUCGGGGCGAUGCUGGGCGGACGGUCAGCGCAUAUAACACAUAAAACUACACAUAGGAGCACAGCAGCUUCGGGUCGCACGUAUUUGAGCACCUUUUUUAUUACUAUCAUAGCUUCUCAGGAGCACGAGGGUUGGGGCUUCGGAACGAUCUGUGAAGGCCUGUGUGAGGAGCUCAACAGUCUUAUAGCAGACAUAUAUGUCAGAGUUGCCGAGUUACGUACGAAGGUUGAUGCGAAUAUGGAUAUGAGCUUAAGCGCGGUGAAGUUAUGCCUUUUACGCACUAGUCAGGAGUUGGAGUUGGUCUGCAGGGUGCUGCGGAAAUGCUGGCAUCAGCGCGGCGGAGCUAUUAUUGAUUCUAUACAUGACCAGAGAAUUACCAUGCAUGAUAACGCGUUGCAUUCGCGACUACUUUCUGCUACCGUGUCACCAUUUUUGGAUCUCUUGUUCGAUUGGAUGUUGCAGGGAAAGGGUACAGCGAUGGAGGAAGCCUGGCGCCGGGCUCUGGCCAUUCUGGUUGAUAAGGCGAGGAAAUGGGCCGCUGAGCAGCUGUAUGCAUACUUCGUGGAUUCACUUGAUCUCAAGGGCCGCUUGUCAUCAAUCCACUCACAUUUCCUUCUUGCGAGAAGUGACUGGUUAUCGCAUUUCCUGGACUCUGCGGGAGAGGAACUCGAGACGCAGCUGGUCGAAUCGAUUGAUAUGAACAGGAUCAACACUCUACUCGACUUUGCAAUACGAUCGAAUGUUAGCAGCACUCACGCUGAUCCGCAUUGUGGGGAGAUGAUUGCCUGUAUGCACACCUUCCUCACUGAGGAGACUCCUAGGAAGCUCGCGUCUAGGAGUUAUACGCCAUAUACGAUAGUACAGCGCAGUGCUGACGCCUCUAGAGCGCCUACGGGGAUCAGGUGCUUCACACUGGGACUACGAGAAGUUAAAUGGCCACUAUCACUGAUCCUGUCAACACCUGCGGUGUUUAAACUACAAGUUAUUUUCCGACACCUUUGCUAUUGCCGAUGGGUCCAGAAUAGGCUCUCUCAAGUGUGGUUGGACUUUCAAUCUACGAAGCCUUUCUAUUCCCCUGGACAAGACACAGAAGGUCUACAAGCUGUAUUCGACUCGUCGGUGCUGCUGUGCCGUAUGAAGCAGUUCGUGACGAAUUACGUCUACUACGCUACGACUGAGGUCAUUCAGCCCAGAUUUGAGACGUAG